CACCAGCAGAGGGCGAUGGCGCAACGGGAGCGGAGCAGACGAGAGGGCCGUGCAGCGCGGCCGGAAGUUCCGUGUCACGUGGCAGCACCCGGAAGCGGCGGCAGGCGGGCGGCCAUGAGUAGCGGCGGCGGUAACGGAGCGGCGGCCGUUGGGACCGAGACUGAGGCCGGUGACGGUUUUGGUUCCGAUUCCGGUUCGGAGCGGCGGGUCCACAUCAUGGUGGAGUACUGCGAACCCUGCGGCUUCGGGGCCACCUACGAGGAGCUGGCGAGCGCCGUGCGGGAGGAAUACCCCGACAUCGAGAUCGAGUCCCGCCUGGGGGGCACCGGUGCCUUUGAGAUUGAGAUCAACGGGCAGCUGGUCUUCUCCAAGCUGGAGAACGGAGGCUUUCCCUACGAGAAGGACCUGAUCGAAGCGAUCCGCAGAGCCAGGAAUGGGGAACCGCUGGAGAAGAUCACCAACAGCCGCCCCCCCUGCACCAUCCUGUAGCCCUGCGCCCGGUGGGGGUCUCCUGUCCCCUCAGCACCCCGUGCUUCACUGCUCCCCGGUAACUUCCUGCACCCCUGGGGACGUUGGGGGGAAUGCAGGAGCAUAAGGAGGGGAGCUGCCAUGGUGCUGGUGUCACUGGUCCAGCUCUGCCCAUGCCCUGAGGCCACGUCCACACCGUGCAUGGGUUGUAACUGUGGCACUUACCUGCCUGCUCCCCUCCUGCCCCUCCCUCCAGCAGCAGCACGGGGGGGGGGGCUCUCAUUCUCAGCCCCUGGGGGGUUUGGGGCACUGCACAGCCCCACUGCCCCCUGAUCUGUGAGGCCAGUGAACGCCCAGCCCAACCUGACCGUCAGAGGGGACGCGGCGGCUUCACAGCUCCCAAAGGUUUAUGCAGAGGAACGUAAACUUGAGUGUGGUUCGUUAAUGAUUACAGCUUCUCUGAUCACUGUUUAAACAGGUACGAGGGCAGCAGGGACCGGCCGGCCAUGGGAACCCCUGUUUGGCUCUGUCCCCACAGCCCUGGGGUUCGUUUAAUGGCCAUGAGCUUCCCCUGCUGCCCCGUUCCCAGGCUCCCGGCUCUCACCCUCCCCACGUAAUGACUCUGCCCUUUACUACAGGGCAGCUGAGCCCAGGGCAGCGUGGCAGAGCCGAGGUGGCCGUCCCCUAUUUAUUAUGUACUGUCUGUAAGCCCCACGGCCCGGUGCUGAAUAAAGGAUGGAGGAAAACAGUG